CUGAAGUCGUUCCACAAUGAGCUUUUGACAGAGCUGGAGAAGAAGGUGGAGCUGGAUGCACGUUACCUGAAUGUGAGUGUCCUCCUAGGAACGGCCAUUCAUUGUUGUCUCCCAUUCAUUCACUUCAGUAACUCUCCUUGUUGUUUAGCACCUUCUAAAUGCACCUUUAGGUGUGUUCUCACCUUCACUCUGUGGUAAGGGUUAUAGGUUGACGGCCCUUACAAAUAUCGCUUAUUUUGACCUAUAAUUACCCGUAGUUACUAGUUGUGUUCUCACGACAGCAUUCAUUUCAUUUUAGUUCAGUUUUACACGAUGCCUCUAUAUAGUUCUGUGUCAGUGUUGUGUGUAUUCUGAAGGGAAGGCCUCAUUAACAAAGAGUUGAAGCAGACUAGUGCUUUUAACUGUAUUUCACGUCAGCUAGCUAGGCCUCCUUAUGGAUCAGCAGAAACCAGGAUAGGAUCCACAUUCUCAUCAAAUCAUCAGUUAAAGACAAACUCCACAGCUUUCUGAGCACUUCUUUUAAUUUCCCCCAGGUUUUAAUCAUAACCACUCUGCAAUAAAGUUACAUGAAUUACUUUCCUCUCAUACUUUCCACUCCAUGAAUUCCUGGGUAUUACCCAUUUUAGGAAAAUAAGAAGACGUAGAAGUUGGAGUUUUAAUUAAGCGAUAAACACAUUUCUAGAGAUAAUUGAAGAGUGUUGGAUUUGUUUCUUGAUGUUCUCGCUCUUUCAAAGCUUUCCCAGACAACUUCUGUGGAAUUGGGAAUCUUAAAUAAAGGCCUACUAUGAAUGUCAUCCCAAUGAAGCAUCUCUUUAAAUGAAAGUGUAAUUGCUGGAUGCUCACAAAAUAAAAUCUGUACCAGAGUCACUAAUAUAAUAAUACUGUAGCCUCUAUUUGAAAUUCAUAUUGACCUCAUCAGUUCAUUUGAGGCCGUGUUUGGCAGGCUGGCAUAUGGUGCCCUGUUCUUUCUCUCUCUCUCUCUCUCUCUCUCUCUCUCUCUCUCUCUCUCUCUCUCUCUCUCUCUCUCUCUCUCUCUCUCUCUCUCUCUCUCUCUCUCUCUCUCUCUCUCUCUCUCUCUCUGCUCUGCACCGUUAAUUCAGCAUUGACAAAAGUAAUUAGCCACGCUCAGCUAGGUUUUUCCAUCAGACAGGGUUGGAUUAAUGGGAAGAGAGAGGGAUGGGAGGAUAGAAGGACAGAGGGAUAGAGGGAUAGGAGGAGAGAGAGAUAGCAUAAUCAGCCAAGUCCCUAUGAUGCCAGACCAAGCCAUUCCCUUGCAUUAUGUUAUAUUGCAUCAAUCAGUAAAUAAAAGGUGGUCAGGUGGUUUGAAAUGCGACCAAAUAAAUAACUAAAAUGGUAGAACACUAGUCUAGGGUAGCCAAUGACUGUAUACACAAUAAAAAAUGCUAGUUAGUACCCAAACAUUUUUUGUUUCAUUUUGUCCCUGUAGGGGAACACUCUUUGGGCUGUGGAGAACCUUUUGAUAUCGGUUCUUUGGAUAACCCUUUGUAUAACAAUUUGUAUAAUUGUGGACGGUUAUACCAGGAACCAGAGGGUUCUUCAUUACACUGUUAAAUAUUUCCCAGCUACUGGUAAGGGACAGUACGCUUCUUUAUUCAGAUUACUUAGGAGUUACCCUCACUUGGGAUUUGAACUCACAACCUCUUGUUUGCUAGCAACCUGAAUUUCCUGCUACACCACUGGGUGUGUGGGUAUGAUAGAGAUUAAUAAAGAUUAGAACCAGUAGAAAUUAUUUCAUUUGUCCCUAUGAGGGAUCCCUUUUGGGUGCUACGUAGAACCCUUUGAUUUUUUUUUAACCCUCUCACAAGGAACCCUGGUUGGUUCUUUGUUUUGUCCCUGUAGGGGAACCCUUUUGGGUUCUAUGUAGAACCAUCUCAUGAAGAAUCCACUGGUUCCAGGGUUCUGUUAUUUGUCCAUAUGGGGGAACCCUUUUGGGUGCCCCGUAGAACCCUUUAAUUUGUCGCUGUGGGGGAACCCGUUUGAGUUCCAUUUAGAACCCUCUCAUGAAGAACCCUCUGGUUCCAGGUAGAACCAAAUACAGGUUCUACUGUUAUACUUAGAGGAUACUUCAGAUGCACUUAUGGCACACACUGUUAAAAAUGACCUGUAAUUUGGCAUUAUGUUACCAGCUACUGAGUUGCAGUAAAAAUAAGUUAUUGUAAUUUUACAUGGUAAGUAUUACAGUAAAAUCGUGUAAAUAUUAUUAUGUUCAUGUUGUCAGAUUGGACUUGAUUCUGGGCAACUUUUAGCAAAAUGCAGAAAUGUAUUCUUGCCAUUAAAUCUUUCAUGGCCACAGCUUUUGUGGCAUAGCAGGAAAAUGUCUGGUUGCUGCAACCAAGCGGUUGUGAGUUCAAAUCCCAGGUGAGGUUUAAUCCCAAGUGUGCUCACAGUAAAUCCUUUUACAAGAUUUUACUAUAUUACUUAUCCUGUAAAAUUACAGUAACUUACGGCUACUGAGUUGCAGUAACAAUACAGUAAAUGUCAUAAUUUAAAUAGAGUGUACUAUAAUCAGAAUACAGCAGCAUACUGUCAUUUUACAGCAAUAACAACUACAAGUUUUUGAAUAUUUACUUUAUUUUUAUUGCAACUUUUAGCAAAGCGCAGAAUUUUUGGGGGGGCCAAUUAAUCUGCAGCCAAUCUUUAUCAUGCCCAAAGACCUGGUGGGGGUAGCAGGAAAUUCAGGUCAUUAAAUCAAGUAUAUUCCCAAUUAAUCAGCAUUCAGUAGCAUACUGUCCUUUUACAGCAAUAACACCUUAAUUCAGCUGUAAAAAUGCAGUAUCUUGUUGUUGUUUAAAGUACUUUUACUGCAACCAGUAGCCGGUAGUGUACCAUAAAGUUACAGGAACUUUUUAACAGUUUAGCAUUUCAUGGAAUAAAAUAAAAACAUUUCGGAGAGGGGAAGAACAGGAUGGUUCUUCACAACUAUCACAGCAGUAAAUAACCCUUCCUGAUACGCAAAGGAAAAUGGUUACCCAUAUCACCCUCAGUCCUGACGAAGAACCCCUCAAUAACCUUUUUUUCCUGUGUAGAGCUGUUAAAACUGAAUCUUUACUCCCCCUACAGGCGGCUCUGAAGAAGUACCAGAUGGAGCACAAGAGUAAAGGAGAGAGUCUGGAGAAGUGUCAGGAUGAACUGAAGAAGCUACGCAGGAAGAGCCAGGGCAGCAAGAACACCUCUAAGUACGGAGACAAGGAGAUGCAGGUGAGUGACUGGGGGAGGAGGGAGGAGACUGUGGGGGAGGCAGGGGGGUGUGAGGGGGGGAGAAGGUGUGUGUGUGUGUGUGUGUAA